CGAGUGAGAAUUGAGAAGAAUUUGCGGAGGCAAACAAAUUUGUCUGGAGGGACAUACAGACACCAAUAUCUAUCUAUCUAUCUAUCAAUUCAGUUCCGUCACUCAGUUUGAAAUUCAAUGGAAUCCAACACAGAGCAGUUGAAAUGGGGAAAAACAGUAUGGAAUUUUUUUUCACAAGUUCGACUUCAAUCACCGCUAAUUCAAUGCAUAACUAACUUCGUUUCAAUGGAUCUAAUGGCCAAUACUCUCUUAUCCGCCGGUGCAUCACCAGCAAUGGUUCAUUCCAUCCAAGAAAUUCCUGACUUCACGCCACGUGUCAGUGCUCUCUGCAUCAACGUUGGUACGCUUUCUCCUUCUUCUCUUCCAGCUAUGAUUACUGCUGCGAAGAUUUGCUCUCAGUUGAAUAUCCCUUGGGUUCUUGAUCCUGUUGCUGUUUCUGCUUCUUCUUUUCGGUUUGAUGCUUGUGUUCAACUUGUUGGAUUGAAACCUACUGUUGUUAGAGGAAAUGCUUCUGAAAUUAUCGCGCUUUCUUCUUCUUCCCUUGAAGCCUCUACUGCCAAGGGCACAGACAGUACUCACGAUUCAAUGGACGCAGUUGAAGCAGCAAAGUUGUUGGCUCAAAAAAGUGGUGCCAUAGUUGCAGUGUCAGGAGCCACUGACAUUGUCACAGACGGAAAUCAAGUUGUUGGCGCUCACAAUGGGGUGGCACUGAUGCAAAAAAUAACAGCAACUGGGUGUUCAGUCACGGCACUCAUUGCUGCCUUUGUUGCAGUUGACAAAACCAAUGCUUUAGAUGCGGCAGUAUCGGCAUUAGCUGUAUUCGGCGUUGCUGGUGAGUUGGGAAUGAAGAUGGCUAAAGGUCCUGCAUCACUACGAAUGCACUUGAUAGAUGCGCUCUAUGGGCUUGAUGAAGCUACCUUGCAAUCUCAUGUUAAUAUCACUCGUUUGUGAUGAAAUCUGAAGAUCCGCAUGUACGACUUGCAAAUUGGUAAUUAUUACAUUUUUAUAUCUAUCAUACCUCAUAGUUGUCUAUCUUUGGUAUCCAUUAGUUGAAAAUGGAUAAUCAGUGGCUGUGGAGAUCCUCUACAAUUUUUGUCAAUAAUCACUAGCUAGUAAUAACAAAUGGUUACCAAUUUAGUUUCACUA